CCAGAAAUAUGUCAAAGCAGGAAACUGGAAUGAUAUAUAUACUACUCAAAUCCACUCCAAAUUUAGUCUUCCUAAAGACACAGAAAGACUUGGUUAUCUUCUGAGAACCAACGCAAUGGCUUCCCUGCAGUUGCUGGUGUUUCUGGCAGCUGUCCUGUAUCUAUCCUCUGGACAGGAUCCAUCUUGGUCAAGUUUGUCUACCGAGGAUCCCGAAGUACAAAGAGAGAUUGUGGACAAGCACAAUGCCCUAAGGAGACAAGCCUCGCCCCCAGCCAGCAACAUGCUAAGAAUGGAAUGGAGUCAUGAAGCGGCACAAAAUGCUGAGGCUUGGGCAAACCAAUGCCACUUACAACACAGUGCUCCAGAAGACAGACAAACUGAUAUACACUGUGGGGAGAACCUCUAUAUGUCAGGUCACCCCGACUCAUGGUCACAAGCCAUCCAGCAUUGGUAUGAUGAGGUUCAUGAUUUUGUACAUGGUGAAGGGAAAAAGUUUGAAGAUGCAGUGGUUGGCCACUACACACAGGUCGUGUGGUAUAAAUCUCAUCAAGUUGGAUGUGCUGUGGCCUACUGUCCGAACGAGCAUGAUUUUAAAUAUUUUUAUGUUUGUCAAUACUGUCCUGCAGGGAAUGAACACUCAAGCAUAAACGAGCCAUACCUAAAAGGAACUCCGUGUGACAGUUGCGAAGAUGCUUGUGACAACGGACUGUGUACCAAUCCUUGCAAGCAUGUGAAUAAAUGGGCGAACUGUGAGGAUCUGAAGAAUUCCGUUACCUGUGAUCACCCUAUAGUUCAAUCAGAUUGUGAAGCCAGCUGCAAGUGUACCACUGAAAUUAAAUAACUUUCCUCCAUGCUGUCUCUCUCUCCUUGGCUUUCCAAGGAGAAUGACUCAGGGGGAAAAUGUCUCAUUGGCAAUUUAGAAGAAAUUUGAGAUUAAACUGCAUUGAAAGUG